ACAAACUCCGCUGCCUGUAUCAUUUCUGAGGCAGUAAUGGACGCAGCGGGGUUUGGGGGGCCCUGUGGGAGUGUAUCGUGUCUUUAGGGGAGUUAUUUCGUGAGGAUUCAGCAUCCUCCGGGUCCAGCAGCAGCUGCCCUCCCCCUCCGCAGCCUCCCCAGCAGAAUGCCCGACGUUCAAACGGAAGCAGGCGCUACCAUUUUGAAACACGGCACCGCUUAGCGCCAUGGAUAAGAGCAACACAGUCAAGCUCUUUGUGGGCAACCUGGCAUUAGACACCACCCAGGAGGAGCUGUCUGCCAUCUUUGAACCCUACGGCCAGGUCGUCAGCUGCAGUGUGCUUCGACAGUUUGCCUUUGUGCACCUGCAGGGUGAGGGUGCAGCGGAGCGAGCCAUCCGGGAGCUCAAUGGACGAGAAUUUCGCGGCCGUAAUUUGGUGGUGGAGGAGUCCAGGGGCAGGCCGUUGCACUCCACAAAGGUGUUUGUGGGUAAUCUGAGCGGGAUGUGUACCACCGAAGACCUCAAGCAGCUGUUCCAGACAUUUGGGAAGGUUCUCGAGUGUGACAAAGUCAAAGGCUAUGCUUUUGUUCACAUGGAAAAUAAAGAAGAUGCUCUUCAGGCCAUUGAAGCUCUGCACGGUACCUCCUUCAAGGGCCGUCCUCUGUCUGUAGAGCUAUCAAAGGUCCAGCCCAGCAAGCAGGCUCCCACGGGGAAGAUUCCAUGUGUGAACUGUGGGAAGCAGGGCCACUAUGCUGGAGAAUGCCCUGUGGGGAAACCUUCUCUGGAGCAGUACCAGAGUCAGGCAGCUGUCCUGGCUGCUGCCGCUGCCGCUGCUGCAGGCCUACCUCUACAGGUCCAACAAAGUGUGCACAAUUCAGUCUACAACACCUCCACCUUUGACCCCACGUAUGCAGCUCUCACAGGGAUAACCACUGGCACCCGUACUGAUGGAAACCCAGUGAAUCCAGCUGUUUAUGGUGCUCUAGCGAGCCAGGUGUAUGGUGCCAAUGUUGCCAACCAGCUCUAUGGGACUGUAGCCAGUCAGGCAGCUCUUACAUCAGGCGCCACACAGGUAUACGGCUCACUGACAUCCAAUAUCUACGGCCAGGUGGCUGCGUCUCCAGCAGCAGCAGCAGCUGCGGCUGCAGCUGCGGCUGCUUACUCAACUCCAGUUUACACACAAGCUGUCGCCAAUGCUCCCGUCUACCUGACAGCCACUCCUGGGAUAGAAAUGCAGGCAGCGGCUGCAGUCAACCCCGCCUACUCUGUAGCUCCAGCAAUUUAUGGCGCCGCCACACCAGCCUAUGCUCACAUUAGCGCCAUGGGAGCUGCAGACCCAGCUACAGCCAUCUUUGAGGCUGCCAGGCAGGCUCAUUACUUUGCGCAGGGUCAGCAGGUUGUGGCUGAGCAGCAGUCGGUGGCUGCAGCAGCAGCAGCAAAAUCUGGUGAGAGGGACCGGAGUCCCUUACGGAGGUCGGCUCCUCUGUUACCAGACCCUGUGAUGAAACCGUUUAUUUACCAGAGGGCCAAGCCACGUAGACCCCUGCUCCCCACACCAGCUGGCCGUGCAUCUGAAGAGGCAGUAGAAGCUGCAGAGGACCCUAUGGCGAGGUACUACGCAGAGUACUACCAACAGCUACAGCAGUACCCUCAAUUUCAGUAUGCCUACCCUCAGAGUGCUAUGACAGCCAUUGCUGGCAUGCCAGGAGUCUCAGCGGUUCCAGCAAUGUCUGCCCAACAGGUUGCUACGUUGGAUGCGCUCAGGCCAGUGGUCCCCACUGCUGCUGCAGUGGCAGCUGCCAUCGCUGCGCCCAGGGUGUAUGAGCCGCCGUUGCCGCCGCCCACGCGCAAGGAGGCCAUCCUCCACCGACCCGAACUCUCCCUUCACACGCCUGAGCCCCCCUUCCGAUAGUUGCACUCAACUGUCUUCCCCCACCUUCUUCCCUCUCUGCCCUCGAAAACCAACCCUCCCCAUACCUUUUCCAAUCACACUUGACCACCGUUUGUGUGUGUGUGCGUGCGUGCGUGUGUGUGUGUGUGUGCCUGGGGACACUGGAGUGUAUUGGCCGGGCAUUUGAAACUGGGGGUCCUUUGGUUUUUAAGCGUGCUUUACGAGGGACUUGAUCAGCUAACCUUGGUCCGGUUUGCACACACAGUGCAGCCUGAAGCGAAGGCUCUCUCAUCUGUUGUACGGGCAUUCUUUGUGCUUCUCCUUUUGAUCGUUUUUAUUGUGCCAGUCUCACACUUGUGCCAGUAUUAGGCUGAUCCAGUCAGUCAUUUCAUAUGCCUUUAUUUCUGCAACCCAGUUAUGAUUUUCUAGGGCCAAAUCUCCAAAAAUUAGCAUCAGCCAUUCUCCAAAGGCCUAGAUGAUCGCUUUGGGCAGCUAAUUUGAAACCUUUUUUGCCUUAUGUUGAUGAGUUUAGAUUUUAAAUGCAUUCAGAUGGGAAGUCAGAUGAACACGUAUUGUGUACUGGCUGCAUUGUACCGUGUUCUACAGAACCAAGGUUAAUGUGUUAUGCGGGACGUCUGUCUUUGAUGCGACAUGGAUGUAGUAUGUGUGAAUGCGUGAUGCGCGGGCUCCUGACUUCGCAACGCACAACCGCUGCGGCUAAGGCUGCACCUCGCAUAGUAGACCUAAAGCACACAUAUACGUACUGUAAAGUUUGCUCAGAUCCCUCUUCGACCCUUUCUCUGAGUCCCAUCCCGACUCCCACGCUGAAAGACACUGCUUCACCUCUUUCUUUUUCUAACUACAGCUGCCUACCUCUUACUGUAAAUUCCAGUGUAGAUUGUGUUCUGUUCUGUUUUAUUCCACACAUUUCACCCAGUUUUUUAAUAAUAUUUUGUAUUAAGUCCUCAUUCGUGUUCAGAGGCCUUUUUUUUAUUGAAGUAGUGUAAAUUUAGUUUGUCAGUGUAGUUUACCUGGGAUUUUGUGUAUGACUUGUUUACAAAGGAUCUGUAAAUUGUGUCCUUUUUACAAAUCAUUAAAAGUGACAAGGUCGGUUAUGUGCCUAUAAGCCUUGAGUGAAGUGCAUUACGUGGAGCAAUCUCCCAUUUUUAAGUGCUUUUACUUUUUAAACCAUGUGUAAGUAGAGUAACAGGAGUCCCGAUGCUUUUGAUCCAGAGAGCUAAAAGUGAUGAAGCUUUCUCUUAGACUUGCACACCUGUAUUAUAUCAAAUGGUUUUAUAAAAGCCACAAACUUGAGCUGCACGGGUUUAGCCUUUGGCUUUAAGCAGAAAUGACAGUGAUAGCACCAAGAAGUGAGAGGUGGGACAGUGUCUUCCAGUGCCCCCUUAAAAAUGUUUAUUUACCCUUUUCAAAACCAGAUCUUCCCUAGAUUUAAGGAGCAAAAGGACUGUCUUCUUUUUUUUUACGUUGCAGCAUUUCGUAGGUGGUAGGGCUGUGCGAAUAGACCAAAAUCUCCUGUCUUAAUAACAAUAAUUACCAUAAAUUCAGGAAAUGUGUUAUAUAAAGUACAAUUAUUCUCCAAUCUGGAAAUGAAAUGAUCAAAAUUGUACACUUCAUAUUCAUGUAAUAAUUUUGUUUUUUUAUUAAGAGUGUUGCUUUAUUUUUAAUACCAGAGUCUCAUUCAGCAUACACUAUAGUCAUGAUCGAGUGAUGUAUUAUACCCCCCACCCCCGGUAUAAAUCCAAACUUUCAUGCUUUUUUGUCAGUCGCACUGACAAAACUUACCGAAAAGUUUUUCUCCCUUGUAUUUGACAUGGUAUUAUUAUAAACCUUGGGCUAAAGAGGUAAUUGUCUUAUUUUUCCUGCAGUGGAUCUCUUCUCCUCAGCUCUCCAUAACAUGCAUCCUCCCCACCAGUCCCUUUCCAUCACACAGCACAGAAGAGAAAGUCAUUCAAUAAAAACAAGUGAAUAAUAUGUAGAUUGUCAAACACGUGAUGUAUUUUAUUACAUCCGCAUAUUAACUAAUUCCGUGACAUUGCCCCACGUUUGGGAAUGAGCUCUUUAGGUUUUUUUUUUUUUUUUUUUUUUUGGCUGGAUCCUUCUGCUUCCAGUUUUGUCUAAUCGCACAGCCCUAACAAGUGGGAUUCGUCACAUCUGGUUACCAGACAGUUAAAAAAAUAUCAAAACUUGUGUGAGGUGGCACGUUUGACAUUAAUGUAAGAUUCUUAAUUGGCUAAUUCAAUCUAUCUGGUUCCUCAGUGGCCUAAAAUAAUCUUUUUUUUUUUUGGAAUUAUUUGACAGCGGUCUAAUGCACAUACAAGUAGACCCACUGAAAAUUACCCGACUGCCUCAUUGUCCCCCCUCCCCCUCCCUCCUGUGGUUUAUAGUGGUAAAGCGACUUUUGCAUCUCACAGCGUAAUCUCUCUGUGUCGUGAAUAUAUGAACUCAUACCAGUUGCAUCCUUUGUAGAAUUAUGUGGUUUGCGAAAUGUCUUGUUUGCCAUGUAUUUUUUAGAAAAGUAUUUUAAUGUAGUCUUUUUUUAUUAGAAAAGAGAAAAAAAAGGCAAGUUAUUCGAAAAACAGCAUGCUUUUUAUUGAGAACAUGUAAUACUAUAAACCUUAUAAUAAAGAAUAUUUGGCUGACUACUGUGGUAAAAGAAAGCAAAAGGGUUUGGACAUUUCGCCUUCUUUUUGUUUAUGUUCUUCUCCACUAUCUGUUUCUUUUGUGUAAAAUGACCACCAGAACCAUUUGACUGGGGACCCAGGGGGAGACAGGUGUAGAUGCUGGCCCAGCUUUGCUCUCUUUGGUCAGGGUAAGUGCGGGUAGGAGCUCCUUCCUCUCUCCAGCCUCUCAAACAAAAAAACGUCUUAAAAACGUCUUACUUCCCUGCAGUGCUUUUUUGGUUCAUAUUCAAGUACUGCUAAGUGCUCCUGAUGUGGUAGUUAAAAUUGAUUCAUAUCCAUAAAUUACAUUAAUUUUGCUGAAAUUGCGUUGAGAGCUGGGGAGAGGCACACAGAUGGAAUGGCCUGGGUGCAUUUUGAUCUGUGGAGCGGUCCUCUUUCUGGGGUUGAUCGUUGUGCGUCUGGUCUGGUCUGGUCUUGGUCUCUCCCCGUUUCACCGAAUUUUCUCCCUUUCCGUGUGUCUCUAUGUUCACUUUACUCUCAGACCUGCAUGUGUGAUAAUCUUUAACUUCGCAAAGCAAAAAAGAGAGAGAGAAAGAACUCAAUAGUCCAGCUCUGACUAACUAUCUCAACUGAAUUAGGUGACCUUGCUACCUGGAACGGCCAACAUGAAGCCAUGGGGACAACUUUAAGCGUGACACCACCACAACAAGAACUUGUUGUUCUCUCUUCACCAAGGUAAAUGAAAAACGACCAAAAACAAACAAAAAGAUCAUAAAAGCACUGACCUCUCCUCCCCUUAUCCAUCCUCUUCCUUUGACUGUGCCUUGAUAACACUCCUCCUCCCCUUGCCAUCACCACCCCUCUCCAAGUCCGUAACCCCUCCUCUACUGCAAUGGCAGUGUUUGUACCUGUAGCCUUGGGCUUCUCGUCAGUGGGAGUGAGGGAUGGGCCGAGGUAGGGCGGGGUUCCGAGCCCUAUAUAAAGCUGAUCCUGUCUUGCAUCAGCAUACAAAUCAAUGGAUGGUGCCCUCUGUGUCCUGGUGUUUUGUUUGAGCUGGUGGAUAGAGGGUGUGAUGGUAUGCUCGUGUGUGUGCUUUAGAAAAAAAAAGAUGCGUUUUGGGUGCUGUUUCAUCAGUGAGGCUUGGCAAAUGCGGACACUCCCCACCCUUUCCCCUCGCCCCUCAAACUCUUGUCCACCGCCGUCUUCGCCGACCUCAACCCUUUCACUCUUCUUGUCCUUCCUCCCCCCCUCUUUUACCCCCACCCUGCUGUCCUUAUGCGCAUCUCUUCUCCGCCGUCCACCCACACAACGCUUUUUCCGCCGCCACCGCCGCCACCUUGGAUCUCGGUUUGUGGCUCUGGCUCGGACUGAACUUCCCAGAACCACCCACCUGACCCAAACUCCCCAUCCAAUUUUGCUACCAUAGAGGUCUGGGCUUGCCAAUGGACUGUGUUAUGCGCGGUUGCCUACCUCUGGACUCUGUAAGGUGACAGAGAGACUUCAGUGUUGGACAAAAUAUUUUGCUGAAACUGUUGAAUCAUGGGUUUGUACUCCAUGGCUUUGGAAUGGGUUUUAACUUCAGUUUCUUGGAAGAAUUAGCUCAAUUACAUGUGAACUACUAAACUAAGGGGUUGACCCACUAGAAUCCUCCCAGGCCAUUCAGAACGGUCCUAUAAGAAAGGUCUUCAGUGAUGAAGCCAGUCUAACCUGUAGAUUCUCAUCAAUCUCAGGAUUCCUAUAGGACUUUUCUGGUACAGCUCCUUUCUGUAACUUGUAUGAGUUAGAGUUUUUCCCCAUAUAGUGUUGCAAAAUCGUAAAUCUUUAUACAUGGUCCCUGAUUCACCAGCUUUUAGUAAUUCCUGAGUUGUCUGGUGUCUGCUCUGACAGCUGUAUGAUUGGAGUAAAACAAAGACAACCCUGCACUAUUUCUGCCUAACAAACAACAUGGAAAAAUGAAGUGGACCAGAAAGAACCAAAGGGUUGAUUCUGAGGUGAGUUGGCGGAAUAAUUUGUGCCACCAAAAGCUACUCCUUAACCUUGCCUACCUGAUCGUGGAGGACCAUAGUGUGUCCCAAUAAAGUGUAUUUGAUCCUGAGGUAUUGACAUAUUGGACAUAAGUAUUUUUUCAUUACCUAUGUGCAAGAAUUACAUCAUUUACAUACCCUGUUGAUUCCAUUAGAAGUCUUGCACCAUGUGUAACAUCAAUAUCUUGUGUUUUAACACCGCCCAUUCACGUAGUGUUAGGAAAUUCUUCAUAGUCUAGCUUUGUUUCAGGUUACCUCUCAGUAGGAGGAAAUGCUUACUGACUCUUUUCCCCAGCCUCCAUGAUCAGGGUACAUUGCUUUCCAGCCUUUCCCCCCAACACCUUGUCCUCUUCACUCUCCUAACUCCUCACUGAAGGCUUCUUUCUGAUGCUUGUAAGUCUGGGCUUCCCAUGCUUGGGUGAAUACAGCCAUGCAUCUCUAAAACCCCUGCUCUUGAAACCACAGUCGCACCAUAUUGCUAGCCAAAGUUCACCACAGCUUCCUACCUAUGUCACCCCUCCAUCCAAACUCCUUUUCCGUCUGUCAUUGUUUUAAUUAAAAAUUCCUGUAUGCAGAUGAUGCACAUGUAUGUUUAUUGAUUAGAUAGGAUCUCAAAGGUCAUGUCUGUUUUUCUGUAGCAAAGCCCACUAAGAUGUAAGUAUGUGCAUCUGACAAGUUCAAGCACAAGUCGUAGAGAAUUUGAAGGCAGUAAUUUAUGAGGUUUUAUUAAUGUGACCUUUCUAGCUCAAAUGUGAAUCAGAUGCUAGUGAUGCCCAUCAUUUUUUUCCAAAGUAGACAUCAACAGUAAAGCCUUACAUUACACGUAAUCGCAUCUAGAGUAGGCGAAAGCGAUGAGCAGUGUAGUUCAGCACCAUAAUUAGGGUCUUAAGAUUUUUGUGCGACGGGAUCGACAGGAUUUCAGAAUUGGACGUUAGAGAUGGAAUUUACGAUGAAAUGCUGAAAGUUGGGUGUCUCCCACUGUUUGAGGAAACACGACGAUGUGCUGAGGUGAGGUGAAGUUCACUGGAGGCUUCUACCAUCCAACUUAUCUACCGUUUAGAACAAGGUUUCUUGUAGAAUCAUUGCCAAAUGUCCUUAAUGAUUUUAAAGAACGUUUCAGCAAGUCUCGCCUGCACACGAUUCACACGAAGUCCAAGAAAAUACAACAACUUGAACAAUCAGUAAGUCUCAUCAAAACAGAGGAAGCAUUAAAUGAUUUUGUUAAACUGAAAAUCAUUUGAUGAACAUUUUCCAAGUUGUCAGUAUUCAUGAAAUUUUGAUUAUUAUUUCAUUAAAUUGUUAUUCAUCCACCUUUUAAAGGACAUCUUGUAUGGGGGAAAUAUAGUUAACCAUAAAAACCUGGAAUAAAAGGUUUUUCAUACUGCCCUAUCACUGCAUUGAUUUAUAUUUUCAUCCUUCUCACAGUAUGCAGUUUAUACUGUGAAACACAUAAGUUAUUACAUGAUUUCCUUCAAUAUAAAAACUCACUGUAGAAUUAUAUUAAUGGUGGGUGGAUUGGUCCUUUCAGGGUUUCUUUCACAUCGUGAAAUAAGUUGAUGGUCCAAGAAAAAUGUAGUUAAUUAAAAUUCCAGAUUAAAUACAAGUCAUUCUAGAUUCAAAGAUGCGAGGAUUUGCUGAGUAAUUUGCUGUUUUAACAGACUAGCAAUCUGGAUCGGCUCAUUUCAAAGUAACUAUGAGAUUUAAAUGACCGAAUGUUAGGUCAAGUUUAGCGUCAACAUGUUUACUGUGAAUGAUAAAUAGACACAAAUUAUAUUGUGUGGUUGUGUAUGCAUAUGUAUGCCUUUUGACCUAUAUUUCUGAAAAUGUUGAGGCAUUUAUCAGCCUGCAUGAAAAUCAUCAAUAAAUUUCUUUUCUUUUAA